CGACCAUAUUCAAUUAGACCCCUUUCCCAUAUUUCUUAGUUGUUACACUUCGAAUCCAAUUUCUCAUACCUGACCUCUCUCUCUGCACUUCAUCAAACACCUUGGCAAAUUCUCAUUCCCACAUAAAAUAAAAUUCAGUUUUUUAAGAGUUCAGAGCCUCAAAAUCACAUGGUCUUGAUUGGUUUUCUCCCACACAUGAGUCAGGCCAGUUUGCUUCUUUAUUUAUUUAGUUCUUGUUCCUCUGCCGCUUUUAAAUUAACCCAUAAAACAAGGAAAUAUAUAAGAGAAACAGAGAAACGCAAGAAAGCCCAUGUUUUGAUUUGUUAGAGAGGAGCUAAGAAACUGCGCAGCCAUGGAACCUAUUGAAGACCCAUCUGGAUCAUCGUCUUAUAAAGAGGAAAUUGCUGUGGAAGCUGUGGAUCUUCUUGAGGAGUGUUGGUUUUUCCACAACUUGCUAGACAGAAAACCAAGAAUGGUCAGGUGUUUCUCUGAUCCUUGUCCUUCAAACAUCGUUCAACAAGUUUUGGAGAAGGAUAAUAUUGAAAGGAAAGAGAAUUCUUUGUCCGCAAGUGAAUUCCAGGAAAGAAAUACGAACGGUUCGUUCCGUUCCAAUUUACUGCGCACUCCAUCUUUGCCACCAAAUAUUGGGAGAGAAGGAGUCAAAGAGAAACAUAAAGACAGCAGGAGGAGCAAAUUGACUCGGCAAACUUCUCAUAAAUUCAUUCUUCAAACAACCAAGGAACCACCUUGUGUAGACAAGAAAGAAGGAAAGAAAGAAAGAGGGAGUGAUAGCAGCAGGAGCAAAACAAAUAGGCAGCCAUUAUUGCAUCGUAAUUUGCAGAGAAUACCUUCACUUCCGCCGUAUAUUGGGAGCUUAGAAAUGUCUCAAGAGGAAGAAAUUGACCCUUUCACAAGCAAAUCUUCUCGCCAAGCAUUUCAUAAGGGUCUUCCAAGAUAUCGGCCUCCAAGAAACACAGAGAAAGUGGAAAGCGUUAUGAACUCAGAUGGGUGCAAGGAAAUGAGACGCAGAUUCCUAAACGAAGGAAAAUCAACAAUGAGAAAGAGCCUGAGUGAUCUUGAAUUUGAAGAAGUACAAGGAUUUAAGGACUUGGGAUUCACAUUUGACAACAAAGACUUGAGCACUUGUGUGGUGAACAUAAUUCCUGGUCUACAAGAAAAGAAGAAAGAGGAUUUGAACCAGGAAAAGGUUAGGAGACCAUACCUUUCAGAGGCAUGGAUGGUCCAAAGCUGUGCCUCAAGGUUCCCAAACUGGGAUGCGACGAAGUCUUCUGAAGACAUGAAAGCCCAAAUCAAGUUUUGGGCCAGAGCUGUUGCAUCCAAUGUCCGCUAGCUUGCUAGGACUACAAAGUACAAUAACAAACUGAAUUGAAACUACUGACACAUUCAUAACGAUAUACAGUUUCCAUAUGUAAUUUGGAUUUUUUUUUUUUUCUUGGGGAUAUUCUUGAUAGCAUUUUCUUUUCAUGAAAUGCAUUUGCCUUUAAGUCUAGUGAAAAUUGCAACAAUUGCAAAAUGGUGUCGAUGGAAGGAAAUAAAAUCUUGUUGACAUUUGAAGUCCCCCAUUUGAUGUAUUGAUCUUUUUUGAUACUAAAUUUUGUUUUUUCAAAUGUAAAGUAUAUUCUUUUUUUCUUUUUCUGUCUUUAUUAUCUUAAAAUUUUGGAUAUUUUGACAAAGUUUG